CUGAGGUGAGUGCUUCUCCAGUAAUGCUCAUUAGUCUAAUACGCUUUGAUUGCAGCUGUUUUGGAACAAUGAACAUUUCUUACCUGAUUGGGCUUUUGGAAAAGCUAUUGUUUAAGUUUCUACAACAUCUCUAGGCUCUAAGUUACUGAAUUUACAGAGUUGUGUAGUAUAACUGGUGCAUGACUGAAAAAUUGAAGAUUUGUGGUUUCAUAUAUUCAUUUUGUAUCAUCAUAAACAGAUUAACUGGGGUUUUUUUUACCUUUGGUUUGACAAAAUAAGCAAUUUUCUCAUUUUGCAGACGUAAGCUAACUCAAAAAAUAGAUUAAUUGAUAGUAAAUUUAUUCUGGAACCCCAUUUAGAAAACUAGUGAUUUAAGAUGUUAGUGGCAUAAUUGAUCAAAUUAUAGUAAAUGUGUUUGACUAACCCUCAUUUUGUUGUGAUCCUUUUCAGAGACAUUCUUGCUGACUUGGAGGAUUCUGUUCUGCUCAAAAGUGCUUCACACAGGAAAACGUUGAGUAGCUGAAUUGGCUUUUUAUAAGAUGGUCUUUUUGACUAGUGACCAUGCUGCUGUUAUAUAACUGCAAUUCUCCCUUAGUGGGUAGUAGGAGAAAGAAGAGUAAAAAUCUAGUUUCUGUGGAUGGCAGCAAGUUCUGUUACAGACCUUUCGAAACUGUCUGAGAGAUUCAUGUGAGCACUUCAGGGACCCUUAAAACCCCUCAAAAGAAACUUUCUAGUAACAUCAGAGACCCCUGGAACCGUUCUCAUUACCCGCAGAGCCUCUGAAGAAACUGUCUUACUCCAUCAAAGACGCCUGGAACACCAUCAGGUGUCCCUUAAGUACCAAGAAAACUUUAAAAGAAACCCCCCCUAUGAUCCCUCAACAAGACCCAAGACCUCUCUAAAGAAACCCAGUGACCUAAACCACAGGCGGACUGACCGAGCCGCCGCUGCUGCUGCUGUGAAUAUGAUGCAGCUCAUCACUUUCUCACAGGCGGCUGUGCAGAGGUAGUGCGUGCAUGGGUCUGGAAAGUUAUCUCCUCCAUCAUAUUAAUGGGAUAAUAAUGUGAUUGAUUGGUCAUCUCCCCGGGGGAUCAGUCUUUUCUGCUUCCUGAGAAUGCAAGACUCAUCAGAGGACUUACGGCUGACUAGUAGGAUUCUUGCUCAAGAGCCCCUCAGCAGGGCGAAUACACGGCCACAUCAAGGAGGGGGGUUUCACCCAGGGUUGUCCCGUUCAGAAGAUUCCUACCCUACCGCUGCUGUGUAGCUGUCGGCUUCCUCGGUGUGGACUUAAGAGGCGGAGGCGGAGGGGGAGGAAGGGAAGAGGAAGAGGGGGAAUCCGGCGCUUCAGGACGGUCGAGUCCCGUUGCGAUGCAUGGAGGCUGCUUGGAAAUGCUCCCCGGGUCUCCGGAGCGCAUGAGGCGGUUUCAGCCGACCGACGGGCCGCAGCACCGGGGAGAUUCGGCUGCCAAUCCGCAGCUCUGCCAAGCUGCCACACUGUAGGUUCGGCUACAGGAGCACUGCUCGGUUCGGUAUCCGCGAAACGGAGGCAUAUUCAGCGCCGUGAUCUGGGAGCCUAAAGGCUGCAUCACAUCCCUGCGUCGCAGUGGUGGUGGAUACUGAGUAAGCUUGUCGGGUGGCAUCUAUGCAAUUUUAUUUCGACUUUUCAUUUUAUUAUGAGCACAGAGGAGGGAGAGGCGGGUCCAGCUUGUGGAGAGGCGAGGGGAGGCACCACCAUCGCCCACCGCCACACCUGGGAGGAAGGCGAACCGCACGGCUCCCAAGGACGUCCGCAUCCCGACGAUGAGGACGAGGCUGAGCAGGGAGAAGGGGAAGAGGAAGGGGAGGACUGCCGAGAGGGCCAGAGCUGCAGGGAUACAUGUGGGGGGAACGCGGAGAAAUUCAAUGGGGAGGACAACGGGGGGACUUUUUCCAGUGAGGAUGGGGCGGUCGGGGGCACAUCGUGCAAGACGCAGGCGAUGCAUUCAAACUGCAGCAGCGAAACCUGCAUCCCCACUCCCAGCUGCCGGAUCUGCUUCCAAGGCGCAGAGCAGGGUGAGUUGUUGAACCCGUGUCGGUGUGACGGCUCGGUGCGUUACACCCACCAGCACUGCCUGCUGAAGUGGAUCAGCGAGCGGGGCUGCUGGACCUGCGAGCUCUGCUGCUAUCGCUUCCACGUCAUCGCCAUCAACAUGAAGAGACCGUGGCAGUGGCAGUCCAUCACCAUCACCCUGGUGGAGAAGGUGCAGAUCAUCGCUGUGUUCCUGGGCUCUCUCUUCUUGGUGGCCAGCAUCUCCUGGCUGCUGUGGUCGGCUCUCAGUCCGCAGGCCGUGUGGCAGCGCCGCGACGUUCUCUUUCAGAUCUGCUACGGCAUGUACGGCUUCAUGGACCUGGUCUGUGUAGGCUUGAUUGUCCACGAGGGGGCUGCAGUGUACAACGUCUUCAUGCGCUGGCGAGCUGUAAACCUCCACUGGGAUGUUCAGAGCUACGACAAGGCCAAGGACAUGGAGGAGACGAGCACUGGUCAUUCCUCAUUGGCCCCCAGGACGCUUUGGUUGCCCCUGGCCACCUUUGGACCCAAUGGCCCCUUACACCCUACCCAGCUGGGGCCACAGCCAUGGACCUGCCUCUGUUUGGCCCCCUUCUGUCCCAGCCUGGUGCCCCGGAACAACCUCAGCCAGGACAGUGACUCGGGGGAGGUGGUCAUUCGUGUAACAUCGGUGUAACACCAGGUGGGAUUUAUGCAGGAACAAAACAUCUGACGGUUGGUUUACACCUGGUGGUAACAGUCUGGGCUUUGCUGGGAUUUCACUGUCAUUUUUUUCCUUCUGUUUAUCUGCUCUGGGGCCGGUCCUCAAAACUAUCUCAUCAGUUAAAUGAACUCACAUGUGGUGGUGCACUCAUGUUUAAUUCCUUGAAAUAACACUGUUGUUUUUGCUGCAUAGACAGACAUGAACUACUCUCCUCCUUUUUCCAGACUGUUGUGCAGCGUUCAUGUCAUGUGGGAUAUAAGGCAGUGAUGGAAGGAUUAUCAGAUUUACAACUUGCAAGCAUCAUAAAUCUGAUCAUUUCCUGAUGGUUUGGGAUUGCCGAGUUGGCUGUGUGAGAGUUAAAUAUCAAUGUAACACUACAUCCUUUAAAUUUGGUUUUAAUAACCUUGAAUAAUGGACUUUUGUUUGCUUUUUUAGGCACUGCUGCACUUAUUUAUUCAAUGACUAUUGGAUCAGGACAGGUGCAGUAUACAUAGAGAACACAACAAUUAUUCAGUUCAGUGCAUCACAGUAUUUAUAGCUACUGCUAAUUUUCAAUGUCCGGCCCUAGAAGCACCUUUAAGACUAAUAAUUAGCACCAGGUCAUAAAGAAGCUGGUAAUUACACAAGUUUUUCACAUGACAUGAAUGCAGCAUUAAGCCUGAUGUCUGCUGAGACUUUGAAUAUUCUGGUAACACUUUAUUUUACAGUUCUAAUGUUUUCUAUGAUUUAAUAGGAAGGUAUGUAACCAUACAUUUAUAUUUAUAUAGUGUUGAAAAAAAUCAGUCUAACCAAGACUCGUGUGUUCAGACUCUGUGUAAAGAUUUGCACUAGGUAGUGUAAACUCCGCUGGUCCAGGUGAGAUUAACACAUUUCUACUCAAGGUGAAUAUUUGAGCUCAUCCCAAAGCUACAGGAGUCUGCCCUGAGAAAACUGGAACCUGUGCUAAACUGAAUGAUUCGUGACUGAGCCCACACACACUCAGCCAGGUGGAAAAACAAUCGACCAAUCAGAGUUUUGCAGGCAGGAUUCAAAAUGAGGAAAAUUAGCAACAAAAUGGUGACAAGUGAGGCUGAUGUAACGGAGCAGGUUGUCAGAGGUUAACCUUUAAAUUGGCAUAUUUCUUUGGUUUACAUCAAAAACAAUAAGUUCACUGUUCCUAGCAACUGCUAUCAGUUAAUGUUCCACUGGUGGAUACUGAUUACAGUAAACAAUGUUGCGAAAGUCUGUUCCGGGGCUGGAUUUUUAGUUAUUAAUGUGGGUACUAACUGGUUUCUAAGUGAAGUUUUCUUACUUGUAGACUAGAACCUGGAGGUUGCAGUUUCAUUUUGGCUCAAUAUAUCUUAAAGUUUCAAACUGGAUCUUUUUCAAAACUACUGAACUAAGUAGAGAGCUUUGUGUCUUUAUCACUGUGUUUCCUUGGGAUAAAUCUGCUUUGUUUUGUACAAAGGAAUCUUACUGUUAGAAGAACACAUAAUUCCCAGCAAGCAGUUGAUGAGUGAGGAUGCAGGAUUCAGCAAUUUAGACAGGUUGUAAAUGAGCACAAAAAACCCUGAUGUCAGAAAGUUAUAAGGUUUUACACAAAAUGAUGCAAGCAGCAAAUAUGGACAUUUUUGAAUGUCAUUUAAACUUUCUAUCUUAUAGUUCUCAGUGUCUGUAUAUGCUGGCAUAUCAACAUCUGUUCAGUUUGCUGGGCUGCCAUGAAGGAUUAACCAGAUGAUUUGUGCCAGUAUAAAUACAGCUGUUGAAAAUUGUGGUUUUAAUCUGUCUGUAUGCCAUUCUGUUGAGCUUCCAGGAGCCCUGUGGUGUUGGGGUUGUGGACGGUUUUUGGGGUGGGUUUGGGGCUCUUUUUCUUGACGUGGGUCAUUUGGGACAUUUUUUUGGUGCCUUAGGAGGCUGGGUGACAACGUUGCAAUGUGCAGCACAGAAAUGACUUGAAUGUGACUUUUGCUGUUGGCUGUAUUUCUAUUUCUUUUGAAUGUAACAUGGAUGUAAUGUAUAAAGAAUAUUUAUAUACACAGAGAGCAGUGUGGGUUAUUUGCCUGAUGUCAAAUUGACUUUAAGUGCAUUUGGCCUUAAAGCUGCAGCUGCCAGGAAGUUAGACUCAAUGGCUGUAAAUGGCACCUUUCUGAGAGCUGAACUACCCUGAGAUUCCCUAGGGCAGCAGCAGCAGCCACUUCACAUCAAGACUGAUGGGAAGAAAGAAGAUCUAAUGUUGGUGAGUCCAGUUUGAUUCAAUAUGCAGUUAAUGGUACUAGCUUUUUAUGCGAUUGUUAUGGUUAAAAUGUAUUGUACUCCUUCGACUUGUCAUUUCAGGAAAGAUCUUUAAACAAGGUGCUAACCAGAUUGUCUACCAGUCUUGGGUGUGUCCUACCUUUGUUAUAGUUAUAGUUAUAGCAAGUUAUAAAAGGUUGUGCCACUAAUUUCCAUCAGUAGAACACAGUCGAAGAGGAUGUACAGAGGAGGUCAGUUGUGACUUUGCCAUCACACAUUUAAAAAUGUUUUUCACAGUUGUCUGGCAGCAGAGUUGGCAUCAUGUCUCUAUGAUCUGACUGCUCAUGUCUGAACAUGUCGCUCUAGUCGUAGUUUAAUCGUAGUUUAUCUUCUGUCCAUGUGGCUGCAGUGGAGGAUGCACAUUUUCUUUUGCCCUAUCAGCCAGUGGACUAAUGUCCAUCAGAGAAAAGAGCUGUCUGUUUUUGUUUUGUGUUCGAUUCAAUGAAGGCCUACGACACACAAUAUUAUGUAUAUAAAUCCAGUUCUUGUAAGAUGCUAAAAAACACAAAGAUUCUUGGCUCAACAAUGAAAAUCUAUAGUGAAAACAAAAUUGGUUAAAAUUGUUUCCAAACAAAACAGAACAAAAACAGAAUCUCUGUGCUGAAUGACAGAUGCUCCUCCUCUGAAACAGCUUGGACAUAAGGGUCAGAAUCAUACCAUCUUGGACGCCAUCUUGUUAGCCAGAUCAGGAAACAGAGAAGGAUUACAAUUGAACCAUUCUGGCUGAUUCUUGUCAUUCUCCUUUUAUCAAAGGGAAAGGCUGAGCUUAGUCUGAGCCAGGCCAAUUAUCACUUCAUUUCAUUUAGGCUGGGUCUUAUCCAGCCAUGACAGGGCAGGAGGAAAGAUUUCAAACUGCUGCUCCUCAAGAAAGAAAGAGAGAGAGAGAGAGAGAAGAAAGACAGCAAGACUACUCAAGGAAGAUUUGUAAGAUGAGAAGAAAAAGAAUAUAGCAACAUAUAAGGAGAUAGUAACAGAUGAUAAAGAAAACAAAGCAAUGAAAGAAAGAAGAAGCAACAGCUAAGCAAGAGAUCAUGUACAUGGUGUGCAGCUGUUAGAUACUCAGUUAUUAAUAAGGUUAAUAAUGUCUAAUUACAAACAUACCAAGCCUGGGUUCUGUGAUGUCACCGAUGAUGUCACAGAUCAUGUGACAUUAUCCCCAUUCACAAACACUUGUGCUUUACUCAAGAAUUUGUCUAUGUAUAUCUAUGUGCUUUUCCAGCACUAAUUUCCAUCAGUAGACCACAGUCAGAGAGGAUGUACAGAUGAGGUUUGAUGUCAUUUUUGAUGCCUAAGCUACAUGUUUAUUGCACUUGCCUAGCGUCUGCGGCGGACAACCCUCCUGCGUCUGCGAGCUGGGGACCUGCGGGGUCUCCUGCGUCUGCGGAUGGGGCGAGAAGCCUGUCUGCGUCUGCGUGGCAUUGUGAAAAGAAACAACAACUUUGAUGUCAUGGGGCCUAUUUAAAAACUCUGUUAGGCAAGACUGUGAUGUCACUGAUGAUGUCACAAUUUACAAAGGCAUUAAAGACAUCACCAGAGGAGGUCAGUCGUGACUUUGAUGUUAUCAGUCUCUGCCAUUAAAGCCCUGAUGAUGUUUAAUUGAACACUUGGUUCAUUACAUUCCAGGAUCUGAUCCUGUCAUCCUGUUAAGAGGGUGGCCACUUACUUAGGUACAACUUUCUAAUACUAAUUUUGGAACCUCAUUUGCCACAGAAUAGUCUGAAUUCCUAGAGACAUGAAUUCAACAAGGUGCUAGAACCAUUCUUUAAGGAUUCUGGUACAUGUUACUGCAGAUGCAGAUUUGACAGCAGGACAUUCAUGCUGACUCAUGAUGUCACUGAUGUCUUUCAACAAAAAGCUGGUUCAAUCUCUGGUGACAUUAUAGGGUUCUAUGAUGUCACAAUGGUGUCAUGGACUGUGUCACAGGACCCUGACAUCAUGGAAUGUUACACUGUGAGAUCAUAGUUUGCCAUUCUAUGCCUCUGGUCGAGACCAGUCGAAACAUGAAUGUCAUCAACUAUGAUGUCACAUGAUGAUGUCACAGCAAUGUCAUCAGUGACAUCACAAAAUGAACACACAAAGGAGUGCAGCAUUUAAUCUGCACUUUGUGUUACAUAUAAUAAUCGUGUUCUUUUGAACACCCUUUGAUGAUGUCACAGAUGACCGUAACAAGGGUCACAGUCCUACUUGAUGUACUAGCUAGUUAACAUUCUAUGAUUCUACUGAUGAUGUCACAACUGAAGUGAGACAAGCAAUGACAUAGAAAACUGUCAUUCUGUCUGUCAUUACUGAUGUCAUUAGUGGUGUGACAGAAUAGCAAUGGGCACUGCACUACCUUAUAUGAUGACACAGUGCUGAAUAUGAUGA